AACUGAGUACGUCCUGUCCCUCAUAAGCAGCCUGUGAUGUGUGGAAAGAGGAAUAUGAUGUAAAUCUGCCCAAAAACAUCUGGUGCAAGAGGAGAGCGAUGUGCAGCAGCAGAGACGACUGCCGAGCACACGACGCUCCUCAAACAGGAGCAGAUGCCGUGUUGACUCUUUCCAUAAAGCCGUGGUGCAUACCAGUAUCACCAGUAGUAUUAAGGCACUGUAGAAUGAAACGUGUGGCAUGAACAUCACAAGCUGUAAACUGGUUUCUUGUGGUCACCGGGUUUCCCCCUCACAUGACCCGUCUUACUCAAUACAUCAAAUCCUGUGUUUUCCUGUGUCGCACUCUCACAUGUAGGAGGACGCCCGGUCAACACACACUGGGAACCAGUCACUGAACUGGAUUCAACACAUCUGCAGCUGAAGAAGGGUUGAAUCACUUUCAGACGUCGAACACAAACUCACAGAUCUCUCUGAUGGCGUCUAAUAUCACCGCCGCCGCCGCCCCCCCCCAGCAGUCCUCCCUUCUGCCCAUCAGCGACUCAGCCCAGGUCGGCAUCGCCAUCCUGACCCUGGCCUUCGUGCUGGGCCUCCCCGGGAACCUGUUCGUGGUGUGGUCCGUGGUGUGCCAGGUGAAGAAGCGCUCGGUGACCUGCCUGCUGGUGCUGAACCUGGCUCUGGCCGACGCCUCCGUGCUGCUCAGCGCGCCUCUCUUCCUGCGCUACCUGGCUGGAGGCCGGGGCUGGGAGUUUGGCUCCGCGGCCUGUAAGCUGGUGCACUACCUGUCCAGUGUCAACAUGUACGUGUCCAUUUACCUGAUCUGCCUGAUGAGCAUGGACCGCUGGCUGGCUGUCACCAAGCCCUUCCUGUCCCAGAGGAUGAGAACCAAGCGCUCCCUGCUGGUUCUCCUGAUGGGGGUCUGGGUGAUGGCGUUCAUCCUGUCCCUGCCGAUGCCUUUCUAUCGCAGUAAUCUGAAGAUCCCACGACUGAACAACACCGCUAUCAACCUGUGCAGACCGUACCACUGGAAAAGCGUGGGUCACCAAGUGUUCCAGUACACGUUUGAGACCGUCAUGUCCUGCCUGGUGCCUUUCUCCCUCAUCAACACCUGCUACGCCGGCGUCAUCUGCCGCCUGCGCAGCGCCGUGUUCCAGCGCCGAGGCCGAGGCAGCCGCCUCAUCCUGAUGAUCAUCGGGGCCUUCGCCGCGUUCUGGCUGCCGUACCACAUCGUCAACAUCAUAGAGGUGGUUGGCCUGUUGCAGGGCAGUGUCUCAGUCACGGCUGCUGCUCACAGAGCUCGACCCAACGUCACCGCCUUCGCCUACUUCAGCAGCGCCAUCAACCCCAUCCUCUACGUCUUCGCCGGCAGCUCCCACAUCCGCCAGGCCGGCCUGAGCUUCAUGGGCAAGCUGUUCGACGACACCAACUCCGAGACCAGGACCGGCUCGACCUUCACCCGCAGCCGCCGCAGCAGCUCCCGGGACGAGACCACCGCCCUGCACAAGCUGUCGGCCAAACUGGGGAACACUUUCAAGAGCAAGAGCAAGGAGAGGAGCGGCAGCGGGGGGGCGGGGGAGACGCUCGCCAACCCGGAGCAGCUGGAGUAGAGCUGCCGCCAUUUUCUUCAGACUACGUUUUUUUUUUUUUUUUGUUAAUUAGGUCCAACCUGGGUUGAGUCGUCCAUUUUGUAUUUUUGAGCCUUGUUACGUCCCUAAGUUAUAAAGUUAUGAAACAUUUGACUGAAAACUGUUUUGUGUCCCUGUGUGAAAUCUGAAUCCAGCUUGGGACUGAAAUCUUCCACUAAUAAGAUCUGAAUCAGUAUCAAUUAUUUCUGACGUGAUCAUGGACAUUUUUUAUUAAUUAAGUUGGAUCCAUGUCCCAUUUGCUAACAUGGAGGAGGUGGGGUUCACGACCUUUACCGCAGCCAGCCACCGGGGGGCGAUGAGGAGGAUUUGGCCUCACUUUAAGGGGGCUGUCUUGUCGUCCAUUUUAUUUUUAUAACUUUACAAAAUAUUUGCUUCGUAUAGCAAACAUUUUAUCGACAUUAUAAUUUGAAAUGUAAAUCUAAAAAUUAUUUGAAGUGGGUUUUAUCUAAAUUAUUUUGUGUAAUAUUUUUGUCUAGCCACUUGACGUUCAAAAGAAACGAUAAAGUUUGUCAAAUUAAUAAAAUGUUCACAGAGUCA